CACGGCUCUAAGAAUUUACGGGAGUGCUCUGGGUAAGCUGUGUUGCUGCCGCCUCAAUCCAUUUCCGUGACCAAAAAUCGGCAUUUGUUGAUUUGAAAACUCCCAAGCUAUUAUUAGUGUGUGUUUCUUGGGAUUAUUUGAAGUGUAGCAGGCACCGGGGACUUCGCAGAGGAUAAUUCCACAAUGAAUAAAAAGUGUGCCAAGUGCUCGAAGACUGUGUACCCCACAGAGGAGUUAAAAUGCCUGGACAAGAUCCAGUACCACGCGGACUUUGAGCGCCAGAAAGGCACGAAGACCUCUGUGGUGGACGACCCAGAGACGGCGCGCAUCAAACAGAACACGGCCAUCCAGUCUAACGUGAACUACUGGGGGGUCAGGGAGCAGCGGGAGCAGAUGGAGACUAGACGGCCUACUGAGAUGGUAGAUGAUGUGACGAGAAGGGGGCGUAACCCAGGGAAAAUUAGCGAGUACAACCCCCCUGCGGUGGAGGAAGAGUUUGCCUCCCCUUACAGCCAGCGCACCUCGGCCAAUGUGGUCUAUGACUCCCAGAGGGGAGAAGCUGCCCAGGCGCCUCCUCAGCCACAGCCACAGCCGGCCAGGGUCUCACAGCCGCCCCCGCCCAAACAGCCGGCCUACCAGGCAAUCUACGACUACACGGCGGCCGAUUCGGACGAGGUGAGCUUCAACGAGGGUGACAUCAUCGUCAACACGCAGACGGUGGACGCAGGAUGGAUGACGGGCACCGUCCAACGCACGGGGCAACACGGCAUGCUGCCCUCUAACUACGUGGAGCGGGUCAACUAGACGCGCACCGGUGGACGCACGUACGGACGUUCACCGUCUAGGGAACGCUUUCUAGUUAGGAAAGUUUGUUUUUUUUCUUUUGCAUUUUUAAAAAAUACUUUUUUUUUAAACUUUUAACACGUGGCAAAGAAUGAAAUAAUUUAAAAAGUUUUGCCUGAAUGUACCUGGUAAGUGUGGAUACACGUGGCAAAGAAUAUAAAGGCUUUUGUCAGAAGGUACUCGGAUGUGUAUGUGUGUGUGGGUGUCUGUCUCUAGUGCUGUGUGUGUGUGUGUGUGUGUGUGUGUUCUUUGGAGUGAGGAGUGUACCGUUUUGGAACAUUUUAUUGGUGGCGUCACUGGCUAGCUUGGGUCUUUGCCUUCUUCAGUGUUCAUGGGACUGUGUUUUUGCCUAGAACAAUGCUUGUUUGUGGUGGUGAGAUUAGUUAGUUGCUGAUUCAGCCAGGCAUGAGUUGGGGGAGGGGGGGUGGGGGUGGUGAUAGCUAUUAUAUGUGCAUUGUUAAGUCAUGCUUUGUCAUAAUUUGACACCAUAGAUGAUGUAAGUUGUAAAAACUUUUGACCCGCGCUAGCAGAACGGAUACAAAUAUUUGUACUGAAACUUGUUGAGACAAUUUCACCUUCAAAGACAGGAUGAGUGAGUGGGAGCAGGAAGGAAGGAAGGAAGGAAGGUGCGGGACAGAAAUGUUUUCUGAAAGAUCACACAGGCGAGCACAUCUUUGUAUUGUCUCACUGAAAGUCACCACACUCACACCUUUUGGACAUAUUCUCAAUAUCAAUAUGUAUGUGUACUGAUAUACGAAUAUAUAUAUAUACAUACAAUAUACACACGUCUGCAUUUAUGGUUUUUGUAGUCUCGGAAAUGUAAUGUUCUUGGAAAGUAUGGUGAUUUGGUAAUUUAGUUUAUUUUUUGAAAAUCUGAAUCUUCUUCUUGUUGUUCUGUUGAGAUUUUUGCUGUGGCCUCUCUGUGUUUGGCCGGUUGUUCGUGUGAUGGUCUUCUCUCUGGUUCCUCCGGUAAUUUAUUUGUCGUUUCUUCGUCUUUUUUAAUGAGCACAUACUUUGAGUGACUGGUCACUUGUGGCUCUCCUGUGGGCCUGGUGUUUGUGAGGACAGAGUUGUGGGUACGUGAGUUGAGUUGAUAUUAGUGCAAGUUUUGAUACCUGUGACUGCGUGACGCGUUUUUGAAAACGGAAGGGUUUUUUUUUGUACAUGUGCGUGUAAUAUCUGCUUUGCUUGACGCUAUUAAAGAGAAUUGUUAUUGCA